UCUGCUACUGCUGCUGCUGCUGCUGCUACUGCUGCUGCUGCUGCUGCUGCUGCUGCUGCUACUGCUGCUGUUGCCACUGCUGCUACUGUUGCUGCUGCUACUGCUGCUGCUGCUGCUGCUACUGCUGCUGCUACUACUGCUGCUGCUGCUGCUGCUACUACUGGUGCUGCUACUACUACUGCUGCUGCUGCUGCUACUACCACUGCUGCUGCUGCUGCUGCUGCUGCCACUGCUGCUGCUUCUACUACUGCUGCUACUACUACUGCUGCUGCUGCUACUACUGCUGCUACUACUGCUGCUGCUGUUGCUGCUGCUACUACUGUUGCUACUGCUGCUACUGCUGCUGUUGCUGCUGCUACUACUGUUGCUACUACUGCUGCUGCUGCUGCUGCUGCUGCUGCUACUACUGUUGCUACUACUGCUGCUGCUGCUACUACUGUUGCUACUGCUGCUGCUGCUGCUGCUGCUGCU